AUGAGCCUUGUUUCGGUUAUGAAGUGUUUCAAUGGAUGCCGGGAUCAUACCCGAGUUUCAGGGCAUGGAACAAGGAUUUGGAAUUUUGGUGAUAAACCAAUUGAACUUCAGAUAAGGGUGGGAUCAAUAUUGAAGAAAGUUCACACAUUGAAGCCAGGUUCAUCGAAGAGGCUGGAUCCAAAGAACAUUUACAAGGCUUACAUCCCGGGGAGGACUAAGGGUGGCCGCGGUGGUGGAGGUGGUGGUGGUGGAAGAGGAGGAAUGAGGAGUUUGCUAUAUUACUAUGAUGAAACAUGCCAUCCUUACAUUUGGAUACAUGACACUCAAUGUGAUUUUUCUAGGAUGGUUAAGCAACAAUACAUUAGUCUUGAGGACUUGAGGGAAUGUUCUGAGAUCAGAAUUUUCAGAGAUCAUCAGAGAGGUUCUAUAUCAGUUCGCAAGAAGUCAAGAACUGAAUUCUGUUGA